AUGAAGAGAAUUGGGCACCUUUUUUUCAUCAUCAUAAAAGCUGACAGGGAAAAGAAAGAGCAACUUAGAUCCAAAUUGCAGUUACGGGCGUUAACCAGCUUGAGGGAGAGUAAGGAGGACCAGCAGUACAAGGGCAUGAUCGACUGCUUCGUGCGCAUCCCCCGCGAGCAGGGAUUUUUCAGCUUCUGGCGUGGCAAUUUGGCCAAUGUGAUCCGAUAUUUUCCAACACAAGCUCUAAACUUUGCUUUUAAGGACAAAUACAAACAGAUUUUCAUGUCCAGAGUGGAUAAAGACAAACAGUUCUGGAAAUGGUUUUUGGCCAACCUGGCUUCUGGCGGAGCAGCAGGAGCAACAUCCUUGUGUGUAGUGUAUCCGUUAGACUUUGCCCGGACACGGCUAGCUGCUGACAUUGGGAAAGGUGCUGCUGAGCGACAGUUCCAGGGACUUGGUGACUGCAUUGUUAAAGUUGCAAAGGCAGAUGGGAUUGCUGGCCUGUACCAGGGCUUUGGCGUUUCAGUGCAGGGAAUCAUUGUGUACCGAGCCUCUUAUUUUGGAUGUUAUGACACCAUUAAGGGAUUAUUGCCAAAUCCAAAACAAAUCCCAUUCAUUUUUUCCUUUUUCAUUGCCCAAGUUGUGACUACAUUCUCAGGAAUACUGUCUUAUCCCUUUGACACUGUCAGGAGACGCAUGAUGAUGCAG